AUGCCUGCCAGUCGAGGUAUCAACAACCAGAUACUCCGACCAGUGCUGAGCCCUCAGCAAGUCGAGGAACUUGGUACUGUUGUGGUUCAGAGAGAAUUAUUAUACAAAUGCACUAUGUAUUCUAUUAUGACUAUUUAUCUUAUUGAAUUAAGUUAUAAAUCUUACAACCAUGACAGUGCUUAUACUCUUUAUCAAGAAGUUAGCAAAAACUCAGCACCCCCUACCAAUACUGAUACUAUCACCGAUGUACCAGCAGUUACUGCUCCACCAAUUCUUAAUGAAACACAAACUACCGAAAGCGACAGUACCUACCUCCUAUUUCAAUCACAACACACUGUCGAAGCUCUCACCUACGAAUUAAACAAAGCUCGUGAGGAAAUCAAUUUCCUCAAAGAUCAACUCCAAUUUCAAACUACCCCUCCUCAAUUUCCUCAAAUUCACCAGCCCCAAACUGAUGAAAGACUAUUGGACGAAGCAGAUGGAAUACCGAUCACAGUCGAUCCCCCCGUAUACCAACAAACCUCGAAAAACGACUCCCCCUGGCAUCAUAAUCAGCGACUUACUCGACUCACUCGAUCAUUGUACACUGACCAACAAACAAAGACCUGUGUUGAUAAGACAAAGAUGACAAAAGAAUAA